UGUUUGCAGACGGUUAACAAAAUGCCUGUAAGCCUCUGUGGUACAUGGGACAUGGUCAGCAAUGUCAACUUUGAGGGAAUCAUGAUUGCUUUAGAGAUCGGCCUGUACACCCGUAAGAUCGCCCUUAAGCUAAAACAUCGCAAAGUAAUCGAGCAAGUGGGGGAUCAAUUUGUUGUGAAGACUAUCAGCACUUUCAGAAACUACACUUUCUCCUUCAGAGUCAAUGAGGAGUUUCACGAGUUCACCAAGGGAAUGGACGACAGACACUGCAAGUCUCUGGUGACCUGGGAGGGGAACAAGUUGGUGUGCAUUCAAAAGGGUGAGAAGAAGAACAGAGGUUGGAGACACUGGAUCGAGGAUGACAAACUCCAUUUGGAGUUGCACUGUGAAGAUCAAGUCUGCAAGCAAGUUUUCAAACGGGUUAUCUGAGGCCCUGCGGUGACGUUUACUACUUGAAAAGGCACAAUGCUGUUAACAAAGACAAAGUUGUUCACACUUCUAAGUCAGAGGAUUAUGAGGCGAGAACAAGAACCAAGCGUUUCAACUUGUGCCUCAAAACCUGACUAAUCAAUUACAAGCAGCGAGAGAGGCUUGCAGACUGAGGCAGGAUGUCUAGAAGUAUGAUUUAUAGUGCCACUAGAGGGCGCAAUAAGACCACAAACAGACCGAACUCGGGUCAACUACAGUUUAGGCACUAGAGACAACUGCGUGUUGUCAAUAGUUGUGCCACCAUUGACUAAUGCUAAUCAUGUUUACAUGUAAUACAAGAGACACAUUCACUCACCUUUAGCAAUGUGUAAUGUAGUACUUCUGUUUUUCU